CUCAGAUGUGUUAUUCAAGGGAAGUAACAUUUUUUUGAUCACGUGAUCAUUGUUUAUACCGAAGGAAACCCGCCAACUUGCAGAAGAAACUGAUGGAAGAUUAAUGAACUAAGAAGUGGACAACAUCAUCACAGAACAAAAUGGUAGGACGACCCAGAAAAGCAAAAGUAGAUGCAGAGGCCAGAUCCAUGGCAGAGCCAUCUUCAGAAAUAUCAUUACCAGAGAAUGAUGAUGACAGUGACUUUGAAGAACCACCAGUAGUAACCAAAGGAAGAAAAAGACAGAAGAGAGGAGAUGGACCAGCACCAAAAAGAGGCGGAGGAGGAGGAAGAGGACGUGGAAGAAAGAAAAGUGGAGGAGGGGGAGGGGCAGCAGUAGGGGGUGGAGCAGAUGAUGAUGCAGACUCAGGAACUGGAUCUAUAUUUGACGUAGUUAAAGGAGGAAGAUCUUCAUUACAGAGUCUUGUUGAUGACUGGAUAGAAUCCUACAAGAAUGACAGAGAUUCAGCUCUACUUGAAUUGAUACAGUUCUUCAUCCAGGGAUCAGGUUGUAAAGGAAAGAUAACUCCAUACAUGUAUGCUAACCAGGAACAUGCAGAAAUCAUAAGAAGAAUGACAGAAGAGUUUGAUGAGGAAAGUGGAGACUAUCCAUUGAUAAUGUCAGGUCCAAUAUGGAAAAGAUUCCGUUCUAACUUCUGUGAAUUUGUACAAGUACUAGUGCGACAGUGUCAGUACAGUAUAAUCUAUGAUCAGUACAUGAUGGACAAUAUCAUAUCCUUGUUGACUGGGUUGACAGAUUCACAAGUCAGAGCUUUCCGACACACAAGUACUUUAGCAGCAAUGAAAUUGAUGACAGCUUUAGUGGAUGUGGCUUUGAAUUUAAGUAUCAACUUGGACAAUACACAGAGACAGUAUGAAGCUGAGAGACAAAAACAACAGAUGAAGAGAGCUAAUGACAGACUUGACAUGCUGCUGACAAGAAGACAAGAGCUGGAAGAAAAUCAGGCAGAAAUCAGAAACAUGUUGACCUAUAUAUUCAGAGGAGUGUUUGUUCACAGAUAUAGAGAUACCCAGCCAGAAAUCCGAUCUAUUUGUAUGACAGAAAUUGGUGUAUGGAUGAAGAAAUAUCCAAAUAUGUUUUUAGAUGAUGCAUAUCUAAAAUAUGUAGGCUGGACAUUGUAUGAUAAGAUUGGUGAUGUAAGGCAAUGUUGUUUGAGAGCGUUGUAUCCACUGUAUGAAACAGAAGAUUUGUCACCAAAACUAGAGUUGUUUACAAACAGAUUUAAGGAUCGUAUUGUUGAAAUGACAUUAGAUAAAGAAUAUGAUGUAGCUGUACAAGGAAUCAGAUUAGUCAUUAGCAUAUUAAGAUAUAAUGACACAAUAUUAAGUGACAAAGACUGUGAGAAUGUUUAUGAGUUGGUGUACUCUUCAAACAGACAAGUAGCCCAGGCUGCAGGAGAGUUUCUCAAUACCAAGUUGUUUUUGAGGGAUUACGAGGGGCCAAAGACAUUGAAAAUUCACAAAGGAAAGAAACAGAGUCUAAAUGCACCACUGAUUAGAGAUUUAGUACAGUUCUUUAUUGAGAGUGAGUUACAUGAACAUGCAGCCUAUUUAGUGGACAGUUUAUGGGAUAUCAAUGAUAUGAUGAAAGACUGGGAUUGUAUGACUGAUUUAUUAUUAGAUGAACCACAGAAAGGAGAAGAACCAUUGGAUGACCGACAAGAAACCAGUUUAAUAGAAAUAAUGGUGUGUUGUGUUAAACAGGCUGCAACAGGUGAAUCUCCAGUAGGCAGAGGACAUAAUAGAAAGUUAACUGCUAAAGAAACAAAGAAUGUUUCAGAAGAUAAGACCAGAUUAACAGAACAUUUUAUCUCCACAUUACCACAGUUACUUCUCAAGUACCUGAUGGAUCCAGAAAAGGUUGCCAAUCUACUGUUGGUACCACAGUACUUUGAAUUGGACAUCUACACAGCUAGUAGGCAAGAAAAGAAUUUAGAAGCUUUAUUGAGGUAUUUACAUGAAGUUGUAGAGAAACAUACAGACACAGAGGUUCUAGAAGCCUGUUCUAAGUGCUAUGAAUGUUUAUGUUGUGAGGAAUAUGCUAUUGCUGGGAAAUGUGAUGUGGCCAGGAAAACUUUGAUAGAUAGUUUGGUUGUUAAAUUUAAAGAGGCAAUGCAAGAUUUCUUUGCAGAGGGAGAAGAACCAGAUGAAGAUGAGAUAUUUGCCUUGACGGCCAGUUUGAAGAGGAUUUAUGCAUUUUACAGUUGUCAUAACCUGACCAGUUGGGACUUAUGGGAUGACAUUUUUAGCAUUAUCAAGAAUGGAAAUGAAAAUCAAACUAUCCCAGAUGAGAUUGUAAGUAAAGCCAUGUCAUCAGCUUCCAUGUCAGUAUUAUGGUAUCUACAGAAGUUAGAUGAGAAUAAUCCCAGUAAAGACGAGAUGAAGGCAUUGAGAAAACGAUUGAAUGACCUGUUGAAGUACUGUCAUGAGUUGAUGUAUCAUCCUAAAGAUAGAGUUAACGAGGAGGCAUUUAUAACUAUCUGUGACUUGUUAAUUGUGUUCAGUAAAAACAUGGCUAACAAUGACAUGAUGAAACCAUUAGUCUAUGAACCAGACAAGAAUCUACAACAACAACUUAGUAACUUUCUCACAGAUAAAGUCUUUGUAGAUGAUGAAGAUGAUGAUGUUGAUGAAAAUGUAAAGAUAGAAGAACUACACAAGAGAAGAAACUUCCUGGCUUGUUUCUGUAAACUUAUUGUCUACAAUAUUGUGGGGAUCAGGGUGGCUGCUGAUAUGUUCAAACAUUACAUGAAGUUUUAUAAUGAUUAUGGAGAUAUCAUUAAAGCUACAUUAAGUAAAGCAAGAGAGAUCAACAAAGUCACCACAGCCAAAACAUUAGCCCUUAGUUUGACACAGUUAUACAGAGAACAGUUUUCAGAUGGCGGUCCCAUUGAUAGAUCCUCAGACUCCUUCCAAUCAUUAAAGGAAUUAGCUAGAAGAUUUGCACUUUCUUUUGGUUUGGAUGCUGUCAAGAACAGAGAAGCAGUAGCUGCAAUGCACAAGGAAGGUAUCUUGUUCAGCUUAUCUCGACCAGAUGAUCAUAGAGAUCAUUCAGGACCUCCACCAUAUCUUACAUUCUUAGAAAUCUUGUCAGAAUUUACAAACAAGUUGAUGAAACCAGACAGAAGAGUUGUCUUGGCCUACUUGGAUAAGAAUUUACCUGAUGGAGGUAUAUCUAGUACUGAGGACUGGCAGUCACUGAUAGCUUAUAGAAAUAGUUUACUACAGGGAGAAAGUGAGGUCCAUCCUGUCACCUUAAAACAAGCUUCAGCUCGGAGAUAUGGCAAGCGUAAACAGAUGCCAGAUGUUUCAGAUCAUGAUUCUAACACAGGUGAUUGGCAGGAUCAUUCAGCUAUGACACCUGCUCCAGGUAUAGGUGGUCCUCAGUUGACAUCAACUGCUGUUAAGAGGAGGAGGAUGGACGAGGAAAGUCUUGGAGGGGCAUCAGAACCAGGAUCUGAACAAGACUUUGAAGGAUCACUUUGGUGAUAAUUGGCAGAUUCAACAUUUGUUCCACCUAGAACACAGUGAAGUAUUGCAGCUAUAUUUUGUUGAUAUUCUUUAUUGACGUUGUAAAAAUGUGAGAAGAGGAAAUAUAUUUUAGAAUUGCUUUCUGAAAAUACAGCAAAUGAAGUACAUCAGAUGACAAAUGAAGAUGAAAUUUGACUUACAAUGAAACGAAAUUGUGUAUAUGUUGUAAAAAUCAAAAUGUACAUAUUGUAAACUAGUGUACAUAACAUAGAAAUAUAUUGAUAAUGUGUAGAAAUUAAAAAAGAAAAGAUCUGACUGAGUGUUUCUAAUGAACCUGCUUUCAUAGGAAUUUAUGGACAAAUCAUACAAGAUGUUGUUACAUGUAAAUCUAGAUUUGUGAUAGUUCAUAGCAUAAUUAUGUUCACAACUCUGAAAUUUUUCUUAUAACAGUGAAAUAUUUAAGUUCAUAUUUUGUUGCUGUAUUAGAUAUUUAUUGACUACAAAUUGAUUUCACAUCAUUGAUUUAUUUUUGAUUAACUGCAUUAUUUCAAUUGCAUAAUUCAUCAUAUAAAUACAAGUUUCUUGUCACAUUAAGUUACUCAUGCAACAUUGAUUUAAGGUUAAUUACAUUUCAAUUGUUUUUAAUAAUGUAUUUUAAAUAUUCAAUUUUAAAAGAGCAAUUCAUAAUACUUUCUUUUAUUACAAGAGUAGUUUUAAGGUUCUAAAUAUUUUAAUAGUUAUAAGGUUUAAUUAAUUAGAACCAUUUACUGGGGAAGUUUUCCAAGAAUUUCAGUAUUUUCAAUUAAGGCAAAGAUCUGAUUUGAAUGUUAUGGUAGUAAAGAUUAUAUUUUUAGCUAUUUUAAGAUUUAUAAUUUUGAUAAACAGUCAUUACGAAAUAUUUGUAAAGGAAAUUCUUACUUAUAUAAUUUACAUUUCAUAAAAUGUUGAAAAACUAAAGUCUAUUA